AUGUCUUGCGGAGACCCCGCCGCCGAUGCGGACGCGUUGAUGCAACGCCGAAAGAAGUAUGAUAAGACGAAGAUUUGCGUAAAGUGCAAGAUAGCCCAAGGGAACCUCGUCAUCAGACACGCCGUCUAUUGCAAAGAGUGCUUCAUCUCUCUCAUAGUGCACAGGUUCCGCCGAGCACUCGAGCCGGCGGUGAACCCCAAGCCGGACGGUCCACGGCGAACAGCUUUGAAGCCUACAGGCAACCUGCUCGUCGGCUUCUCCGGAGGGCUCGGUUCCUCGGUACUUCUGGAGCUGGUGCAUAGAUGCUAUGUUGCUCUGGACAAGACGACUAUGCCCGCGGAUGGAGGAAGCCAUCACCCUCGGCACGAGCGGGUAUGGAAGAAGGUCACUGUAUGCUAUGUUGAGGUGUGCGACGCCUUUCCCGGAAUGAAAGACAGGUCAGACGAGAUCGCGCAGUCUGUGGCCCGUUACGACGACCUUGAAUUCGUUUCCCUUCGAAUACAAGACGCCUUCGAUCCUUCGUGGUGGGAGAGGACAGGGGGAAAGCCAUAUCCCCCAGAGCUCGGUGUUACUCUUGGAGAUGAAGCACUCCUCCUUGGGUCUCUCUCGUCCGCUUCACCAGAUCCUCUUACUUCCCUCCGCGCUUACCUCACCUCGCUCCCGACACCCACCGCCAUAACCUCCACCAUCCAGACCCUUACGCGCCUGCUACUGCUUCACUCUGCCCUCCAAACCAACUCCUCGCACCUCGUGCUUGGCACCUCCCUCACCUCCCUCGCCGUCUCGCUCAUCUCCGGGGUCGCCCAAGGCGCCGGGUUCAACAUCCGCGAGGAAACGCAGGAAGAUUGGACACCCGACACCGUCCCUACUGCAGACCCUACACACCCUCGACCGACGCGCAAGGAGAAGGGAAAGAAGGCAACACAGGUUCCGGGAAAGAGAGCAGUGCGCAUCGUGCGUCCGCUCAGGGACAUCGGGAUGAAAGAGUGCGCGGCGUGGGCAUGGUGGGCGGGCGUACCCAUCGUGGGUAAGGAGAAGUGGGGCUGGGCUGGUGCGAAGCCCGGGAUCGGCACUCUUACCAAAGCGUUCAUCGUCGGCCUUGAGAAAGACUAUCCGUCGACGGUGUCCACCAUCGUCCGCACAUGUGGCAAGCUCGCGCCUAAGGGCGAAGUCUCUGGGGCCUGCAUCCUCUGCGGCAGACCUGCACAGCGCGGUGUGCAGGAGUGGAAGGCCCGAAUCUCCAUUCGCUCGCGCCCACCACCGCCCUCCGACGGCUCGCCAGACGCCCCUGCAGGACCGCAGGCAGACGUCGAAGCGGAUGCGCUUCUGCCGUCGCUCACGCCUUACCUAUGUUAUGCCUGCCAUACAACGCUCACGAGCAGGAGUGCACGCCCGGUCCCUUCACCUUGGGCGGCCGUUGCCCCCUCGCCUGUCGCGCCCCUGCCGGUCUGGGCCGAGGCGCGGUUGUCUUCGGCGGCAGGAGGGGACGAGGAGAUAGCGCAUGCUCAUGAGGAGGUCAUGCAGACGAGGCGCGUAGGGCAGGACGAGAUGAAGGACAUUGUGCAGGAGUUUCUCCUAGACGACUGAAUGUUUCUCGUGUCUGUACAGGUAUCGCGGUGAAGUACCGUAAAUGUAUCCUUAGCUAGCAAUGCAUCCCUC